CACUGGUAUAUAUAACUGACAAUGAGUGACACGUGUGUGUACUACAAAUUUUUCCAUGUCUCCUUUAUACAUUGUGUAUCUUGUUGUUUUCCUUUCUUUUCCGCAUGCAGACCUUUCACUAGCUGCAUAGAAACUACAGGUUCCCGUAAUCUAUCGGGAAAUCGUGACGAUUUUUACGACGAACUGGACUUUUUGGUCGACGGACGUGGUCGACCCAUUCAAGAAGAUCCUUACGAAAACGAUUUCGUGAUAAGUCACCGACGUUUUAAGGAACGCGCAGCUGCCGCAUUUGAGGAAGAUAUGGCGGAAUUGAGACGCAAGAAACGGGAUAUGCAGGAUCGCAUCUUUGACGUGAUCGAUCUAAACGCUGAGAUCGAAAAGGCCAAGAGCACGCUGGAGGCAGCCGAUGUAAUGUUCCAGCGACACGCGACGAAGUUCAACAAUCAAGAUAAUGACGAACAGGAGAUAUCGCUGACUCAAAAACUUGACAGAACGCGCAAAAUCGCAAAUAUGGAGCUGGUGCCGGAACAGCCGAAGAAGCCCAAGACCUUCCUGAUGAAGUGGUCGAAAGCGCCGGUUGAGGAGCCAGAAGCUGACCAAACAGGCAGACAGCGCAGAAUCAACUCGCUGAUUGAUACCAGCGAAAUUGGUAAUCCGCUGGAAGCUCUCGCGAUGCAACCGAUGAAACGGAAAAUGUUAAAGAGGAAGAAAAGUGUUUCGUUUUAAGAGCCGAGCGUGCUCUUUAUUGAGUAUUAUAUGUCUAAAAUUUACCAAAAAAAAUUUUAGAGAAAAGUUUUUUUGUGGGAUUUAAAGAAUCUUUUUCAACAUAUAUAUUAGAUAUCCUGAAAUAUAUUAAUAUAAAUAUAUUAUAGAUAUCCUGAAAAAAAGUUUUAAGAUCUGACAGAAAAGAUAAUGUAUAUUUUUUUUUGUUGCAACGGAAAAUUUGUCAUAUUGUCAAAACACAAUAUUCUGUAAAAGUAACUUGUUAUUUUUGGUUAUAAUCCUUGAUAAAUAUAAUUACAAAUAUAUUUAAUAAAUAUUAUAUUUAAUAAAUAUUAAAUAUAUUUACUAAAUAUAAAACUAUGAGAAAGAAUAUUUGGGGAUUCUAUUCUAAUUCUAAGCGAAAAAUAAAAAUCCUAUGUUAUUUUAUCUAGAAGUUUCUGCUGGAAAAAAU